AUAUAGUUAUAUUUAGGUCAUGUAAUAUAAUGAAUGCGUUUACUACAGGAAGAAUUGGAGGAAGCUUUCUUAUUGCGUGAUUUGCAAGAAAGUGAACUUCUUGAAGACGAAGAAAGGUACCAAGAAUUUCUAUCAUCACGACAACAAUCAGGGUUUAUUCCCAUUCCCACCACAUUGGCUGUGGUGGAGGGAGGUGAACCAAUUUACACUGAAUUGGAUGAAUUGGAUGAGGAUAAAAGGUUGAAAGAAGCGAAAAGAGCUCACUAUUCCUUUAGUGAAUCUGUCCAAGAUACCAUAAAUGACCAUGCAAUUGAGCGAACUGAGGAACGAGAUGGAUUGAAACUCAAAGGACUCUACUCCUACAGUGAUGGCUUCUUCAAAAGGACAGUACACUAUGAGGCUGAUGAAAAUGGAUAUCGUGUUAUUAAUGAGGAAAUUGAACCGAUUGGUGAUGGGCCACAGUACAAUCCCAAAGGAAAGGCCACAGUGGAGACAUCAUUGACCGGACGGUACACCAUCACUCAAGAUGAUAAUCCACGAAGACAGAAGACUUUUGCAUCAGAAAAACUGUAGUGCCACUCUCUCUCCACCCACUCGUAUUUGCUAUUUGUUAUUCGCAAUUACCAUGACAUUGCUUCGACACGGCAUUUCAUUGAUAAAUAAAUUGUAAUCAUACUUGGAAUAAAUUAUUAUAUGAGAAUGUUGGUGUAUGUUUUUAUUUUUUUUUUUUGCUAAAUUGUUAAAUGACUG